AUGAAGUUCUUCCAAGCGGCGCUAACCGCCACUCUUUUGGCCUCUGCGGCUGCACUCGACUGCUCCGCUAAAGAGCUCGCAAAGUACAACUUCGACUCCAUCAAGGGCGUGUACACUGCCAAACUCAACAAGGACACUCCACCGCUGAAGCUGGUGUUAUCGUGGAGUGUGGGAAUCUGCCAGAAUCUAGACGAGUUGUCUGAUUGUCCCAAAAAUUCUGGCUUAUGUGGUACCACCCACGUGCAAGUGGACGGCAAGGACCUCUUAACGGAGGUGAUUGGCUUUAACUCCAACCUACAGACCAAAUACGAACCUUUCAGUGAAGAAGGCGACGACAAGGAAAAUGGAAUUCGUGUGUCAUACAAAGAUGUCAAUUGGGGUGAAAACUUGGUUGACGCCACCAUAAAGUUCACCUGUGCCAAAGGCGGUGACAACGAAGGUCAGUUGGUGUUGAAGAAAUGGGAUGGCAAGACGUUUGAAGGUGAGCUCAGAACGCCUGCUGCAUGUGCAUCGGAUAAGUCCAACAAGAAGCCACCUAAGGAGAAGAACCCAGAUGACACAGGAGAGUCGUGGGGAUGGUUCACUUGGAUCUUCAUCUUCAUGGUGCUUUUCUUGAGUAUCUACAUUAUUGGCGGAGCGUGGUUCCAGUACAACAAGGGCAACGCCAUUGAUUUCCAGACCGCGUUACGCGAAGUGUUGGAGAACUUUGUGGACUUGUUGCGGGGAUUGCCUGCUUUUUUUAAGGAGAUUGUGGAGAAGGUGACUGGUAACUCCAACAGAGGCGAGUACAGUGCAGUUUGA